CCCACAGCUCCUCUCCACAGCUCCUCCCCACAGCCAGGCAGAGUUUCGACGUCUGUCGUCUCGUCACGUCUCGUCCCGACGGAGAGUCAGAACGCAGCAGCCAUGACUGACGUGGCUCAGAAACAGGAGAAACUCCUGUCUACCUGCAAGCCUGUGCAGAGAAGCUAUGUGCCCAAGCUUGGCAAAGGGGAGGUGAAAGAUAAGUUCGAAGCCAUGCAGAAGGCCAGAGAGGAGCGCGGUAAAAGGAAGAACCAGGAGGAGCGCCAGAGGAGAAGGGAGCAGUACGUUAGGGAGAAAGAAUGGAACCGUAGGAAGCAGCAGAUGAAGGAGCUACUAGCGUCCAGCGACGAGGAGGAGGAGGAGGCAAAGCCAGCCAAGCAGGAGAAAUCAUACGUCCCCAAGAUAACAGGGAGCGUCAAGGGAAAGUUUGCUGAGAUGGAGAAACAGCGGCAAGAGGAGGAGAGGAAGAGGGCAGAAGUGGAGAGACAGAGGCGCAUGACACAGGACACACUGGAGAAGACGAAGAUCCAGAGGGAACUGGCCAAGAAAGCAGAGGAGGAGGGGGAUAGCUCCCUGCUUGUCAAGGUGGUGCCGACCAAGCCCUCCAAGGCUCCAGGCAAGAUCAAGGUGAAUUUCGAGGAGCUGGGCAAGGCUCGGGAAGAGGAGGAGAAGAAGAAGUCAGAGGAGGAGAAGCACCGACGGUACGAGGAGCACAGGCGCUCCUUCAGCAAAGCCAUGAGGCACUCCCAGCAUACGGAGGACGAAAAUGAACCCAAGCCCACAGAGAAGAACCAGAUGAGCCCAGGCAAGCUGAAGAUGACUUUUGAGGAGCUGGAGAGGGAACGGCAGGAGCAACAGAAACAGCAGGCAGAGGAGGAGGCCCGGCGGCGCCUGGAGGAGGAGAGACGGGCCUUCGAGGAGGCCCGGCUGCAGAUGGGAACCGGGAGCGAGGAGCCAAACCCUCUGUCCACGAAGGAGGAGGUCAGACCUGGGAAACUGAAGCUGAGCUUCGAGGAGCUGGAGAAGCAGAGGCUGGAGGAAGCACUUAAGCGCGUGGAGGAGGAGGCCAGGAAACGCAUGGAAGAGGAGAAGGCGGCUUUCGCCGAGGCCAGAAAGAGCAUGGUCGUCGACGACGACGACGACAUCCUCGCCGCCAUGUUGAGCGCAGAGGCCGCCAAGCCUGGCAAGCUGGCCAUCAGCUUCGAGGACCUAGAACGCCAGAGGCGGGAAGAGGAGCAUAGAAAGGCUGAAGAGGAGGCGAGGCGUCGGCUGGACGAGGAGAAGCAGCUCUUUGCAGAGGCACGCAGGAACAUGAGUCCAGUCCAGGAUCAGGAAAAUUUUAUGACUUCAUGUGGAGAUGGAGAAUGUCCUUUCCAGGUGUGUGAAGAGGAAGGGAUGGAGAAGAGCGGGUCACAGGAGGCUUUGGCCCCUGGAAAGCUGGAGAUCAACUUUGAGGAGCUUCUCAAACAGAAGGAGGCAGCAGAGAAGAAGCGCAAGGAAGAGGAACGCAGGCUGAAGAUGGAGCAGGAGAAACAUGAGUUUGAGCAGCUCCGGCAGGAGAUGGGGGAGGAGGAAAUAAACGAAAGCUCUCUGGUGGUGAGCAGAGAGUACGAGGAGCUGAGCAAGCUGAAGAGGAUCGGCACGGUACAUGCCAAAAAUCUGAAGUCAAAGUUUGAGAAAAUCAAGCAGCUCAGUGAGGAAGAGAUCCAGAAGAAGAUCGAGGAGGAAAGAGCGCGAAGAAAGGCCAUCGACCUCGAAAUCAAGGAACGGGAAGCAGAAAGAUUCCAGGAGGAUGAGGAAGACGUCAAGAAGGCCUGCAAAGUGCAGCACGCCCCCUUCAGGCAGAAGGUGGACAUGCAGGCACGGUUUGAGGAGAUGGCGAAGGCCAGGGAGGAACAAGAGAGGAAGAGGAUUGAGCAACAGAAGUUACAGAGGAUGCAGUUUGAACAAGAAGAAAUUGACGCAGCACUACAGAAAAAACGUGAAGAUGAGGAAGAGGAAGAAGGAAGCAUCAUCAACGGAUCCACCACCUACGAGGAUGAGGAGGACCACGCCAGGUCCGGGGCUCCUUGGUUCAAGAAAUCCCUGAAGAACCAAUCGGUGGUAGACGGAGAGCCGGUGCGGUUCACGGUUAAGAUAACCGGUGAGCCCAAACCAGAGGUGACGUGGUGGUUGGAGGGAGAGGUGCUGCAGGACUGUGAGGAUUAUCAGUACAUCGAGCGGGGGCAAACGCACUGCCUAUACCUGCCGGAGACCUUCCCUGAGGACGAGGGCGAGUAUAUGUGCAAGGCCGUCAACAGUCGGGGUACUGCAGCCAGCACCUGCAUUCUGAUUGUGGAAACUGAAGACUAUUGAUGUCCAUCACUGGAAUUCUCUCGCUUGUGUCUCGUCAAAAGGCAUAUGGUGGGGCCAAAAACGAAAAAUUAAACCGACAUUAGAAACCACAGUUCCACCAGUAAGUACAUAAAUUGGGGGGGACACAGGCAUACCAGCGUCAGACGGCCAGGUGGAUGCUGAGGAAGUCACUGACCAUUCGGAAGCACGCCUUCCUCCCCGUCACCUCUCUUCACUCCACGUUCAGACUCCAUCCACAAGUUAAAUACUAGUUAAAUGUGUUAUCACUUGUAAGUAUUGUGGGAAAAAGGUUGUUUUUAUAGGAUUGUUGCUUGGUAUGGAUAGUGUUGAGUUAGUUCUCAGUUGCUGCUUACAGUGUUCCCCUCGAACACAUGAAGUGCACGGACAGCAGCGAGCAGAGACACCAUCUCGCUGCCAUUCUUCCAGCACACGGCACCAAGAGAACAAUGUUUAUAAACAGGCUGACCAUUUCAAAUAAAAUGAAUGUGAAAGCGA